AUGGUUUUCUUCCAGCGACAGUUCAACUGCCGAUUCACGUUUAGCGGACGGACGGUGGAGGGGAAUACAGGACAUUGGAGAUAUUCUGCAAGGUCACUGGUAUUGCGCGACAGCAUGAUCUUUGGCUGGGAUAUGCCAUUAAGCUUCUGGGGAGAUGACGCGGAAUAUGCGGUGUAUAUCCUUAAUCGAAGUCCAAGCAAAGCGAAUUUGGGAAGACAGUAA